CUAGAGUGCAACCAUGGUUCACAGCAGAGGAGAUAUAAAGCCUGCACAACUUCUCAUGAUGAUGAUUCUCAAACCAUUUUCCCCUGCAUUCUUUUUUUCACGCAUACAGCCGGUUCAAAACCAAUCCAGCACCCCGCAAAAUGACUCCAAGUGAAUCUCUCGCCGCAGCCAAUCUGGGUUUCUACGCCAUUGUCUCUCUCCCGGCCCUCUACUGCUUCAUCAUGCAUGGCAAACAUGGCCUAGCGGCCUGGGUAUAUGUCCUGGCUAUGUGCGGUCUUCGACUGGCCGGCAAUGCGAUUUCUCUGCAUGCCUAUGAGCACAACCAGGUCAGCACGGUCGCUGCGAUUAUCAAUGGCAUUGGACUUUCGCCCCUUCUGAUCGCGGCUAUGGGACUUCUUCGUGAAUCUAACCACUCCAUCCAACAAUCUCUCUCUUCCCCCCUCAACACCUGGGGCUUCCUGAUCGCACACAUCGUGAUCGGAGGCGGUAUUGGACUCGCCGCCGCCAGCAAAGCCAACGAAACCAUCCUGAAGGUCGGGAUGAUUUUCUUUGCGACUGGGUGGACGAUGGUGUGCGGACUGGUGGUGCUCUCAUACCAGGCCACUUCUCACCGUCAGCGACUAAGCGACGAACGAAAGAUUCUGCUGGCUGUCACCAUCGCCAUGCCACUUAUCGGGAUCCGGAUCAUCUACGCCAUCGCAACCGUGUUCAGCAGCUCCGGCCUGGAAGGUGGGAGUUUGGCCGUGCGAGUCAUCUUCGGUACACUGCCGGAGUACCUCACGAUGCUCGUGUACAUCGGGGUUGGAAUAGCGACACGGAAUCUGGCGCGGUCUCGUCUCGAGCCUGCGGAGAAGAGCCAGUCUAGUGGCGUCGGUGCCUAAGAAAAAACAACAUCUCAUAUCUCAUGUUCCAUAAUGACAGUAAUCCCAAAUAUAAACAAC